CAAAGGAUUACGAGGGCAGAAAAAAUUGUUAGAGUACCCUAUUAGUAAACCUUUUUGUCUAGAGAGUAUCUGAAAAAGAAUGUACAGAAUGAUUUAAAAUGCAUCAUGCAUCAUGCGGAAAAAAAGACUGAUUGUUUUUGGUAGGCUGGGUAUUAGAAUCAAUUAACUGAAUAUAGAAAAAUGUUGGGAAAAUUCAAUUUUUAUUCACAUCACAGUCAGUAACUGCAAAUGAGCCUAUUACCCUCAAGGUACCUGCUGCACUAAAACCAUAUUAAGACAGCGUCUCUAAUCGUGUGAGACAUAAUUUAAUGCUUUUAAUAGAUCGCACAGAUAAAACUACUGGUGGAUCUACCUGUCCUAAUUGACUUCUAUGGCUCAAUCUGAGGGCCAUAGAGAAUGAAAAAUUCUGCAAAAGUAUAUCAACAUGAUUCUGGUUCUUGAAGCUCUCGAAUGGGCACCCCGUACAUAAAAGGUGGAAGUGAAAAAAAAAAUAACGGAACAACAAAUAAAACGGUUUAAAUAUUUCCUAUAUUAACAUCGCGGCAUCGAGACAAAUCCAUCCAUUUUACCUUCGCCGCUCGAACGUUUCGCAUCAUUUCGUUCUUUGUUAAAAAUUAAAUUGCCAUAAGUAUUAUUAGACCUCUAAUUUCGAUCGGCGAACAAAUAAGUCAGAAAUUGGUCAAUUUCUGUUGGGAUUGCGUGAUGCACACGGAAUAUUUAUCGCAAAAAAUCAAAAUCAGAAGGAAGUGAAUUAUACGAUGAGGGGCCAAAAUCAAGUGGUGCUCACUUCGUACAUAUACGGCGACGAGGAUGCCGAAAAUAUCGUGAACAUUUUUCAAACUUUCAAAGUUCGCGUCAACGAGAUCGAUAUGAGUCAAGAUACUGCGGCAAUGGACACUAAAACAGAAACCAGUCUGGAUUUAUCAGAGGACGUGCAACAUGGAUUAGGCAGUGAAGCUUUAAAGCAUCGCGACCUCUUGAAGUGGCUAAAACGACAAACUAAGAAAACUUUCAGCGUGAAAACCUUAAAGCGAAGAAUCCCGAUUUUCAAUUACUUGCUCCAGUACACUUGGGAAAUUGCCCUUUCGGAUUUUUUAGCCGGUAUUACCGUGGGACUCACCAUUAUUCCUCAAGCGAUCGCUUAUUCUAGUGUGGCUGGCUUACCUGCUCAAAUAGGUUUGUAUUCUUCGUUCGUCGCCCCUUUGAUAUAUGCAGUAUUUGGCAGCAGUAAGGAUUCACCUGUGGGACCUACAGCCAUUGAAGGUCUACUAGUGAGGGAAAACAAACACGAGUUGGGCAUCCCGGGGGCGGUUCUACUCUGUUUUCUUAGCGGAUGUGUAGAGUUCCUUAUGGGAGUUUUACAUCUAGGUUUUCUCAUAGAUUUCAUCUCGGGACCGGUUACGAUAGCGUUCACAUCGGCAGCAGCCCUAGUAGUGGCCACCACCCAAAUAAAAGAUCUCCUGGGGCUGGAUUAUCCGGGGGACAAAUUCGUGUUGGUGUGGACGCAAAUUUACGAACACAUUACGGAAACGAGCCGAGCCGAUUGCGUCAUGGGUUUCAUUUGUAUUGGUGUGCUAGUCAUUCUGAAAAAACUGAAAGAUAUAAAGUUUGUAAACAAGGAGGGAGUUGAAAGGAGCCACUCGAUCAAAAUCUUAUAUGGUUUCUGUUGGUUUUUAUCCACGUCCAGGAAUUUGCUUGUCGUGGUGAUUUCUGCAUCUGUUGCCUAUUGUUUGGAAUCGGACGGUAGCUCUCCAUUUAAAUUAACGGGAUUCGUGAAACCGGGUUUGCCAAGCUUAAGCCUGCCACCGUUUACCACGCAAGUGGAGAACAAAAUCUACUCGUUUUGGGACAUGGUCUCCGUACUUGGAUCGGGGAUCAUUAUUGUUCCCGUUUUGUCGAUUUUGCAAAAUUACGCCAUCGCCAAAGUUUAUAGCCAAGGAAAACCGAUAGAUUCCACGCAGGAGAUGCUCGCCCUGGGCGUGUGCAACGUCGCAUCCUCGUUCGUCUCCUCCAUGCCGGUAUCGGGGGCGUUGUCACGUGGGGCCGUUAAUCACGCCAGCGGAGUCCGAACGACGUUCGGGGGCGUCUACACCGCCAUCGUGGUCGUCGUCUCGUUGAGUUUUUUGACCCCGUGGUUCUACUACAUACCGAGAGCGGCCCUGGCAGCGGUCAUUAUUGUUGCUGUCACUUGUAUGAUCGAACUACAUCUGCUACGGUCCAUUUGGAGGACCAAGAAAUCUGAUCUUAUUCCUGCCACAGCCACUUUUUUCGGCUGUUUAUUUACCAGAUUAGAAAUCGGAAUCGGCAUAGGAGUGGCCCUCAAUUUAGCAUUUUUACUAUAUGGAACUGCCCGACCUUCCAUCGAUAUCAGACGAGCGAGAUCGAUUUCUGGAUACGAGUAUUUGCUAGUAACCCCGGAUAGGAGUCUGGCUUUUCCUUCGGUGGAGUUCGUCAGACACUUAAUCACCAAAGCCUGCAGCACCAAAGAAAAUAUUAAUCGCAUAAUCCCUGUUGUAAUUGAUGCUAAACAUAUACAGGGUGCAGAUUUUACUGUGGCAAGGGGUCUCAAGGUCCUCAUGCAAGACUUUACCAGCAAAAACCAACAAAUAAUUUUCGUAAAUCUUAAGAAGUCUGUGGUGAAAACCCUUAAGGGGGUCAACCCGAAAGAGUUUUAUUAUUGUAACACUUAUGAGGAGCUAAACGAUUGCUUAAAGAGGUUUUCCAUGAAAACCAUAUCUUUUAAUAUUGAAUACAAGAGUGACCAUAGCGUUUUGACCAAAUUGUAAAAAAGACUGGGACAAUUAGUAUAAGAAAUAAAAUUAGUUAAAAGA